AUGGGAAUUACUACACCACAAACGAUCAUACUACCGCAGGCAGAUUAUCAUGGACUUUACUCUGACGAGCACGGACCGACGGACGAGGUUAUUGCAAUGGCUGUAUCACCAUUGAAGCUGUCCCUAAAUUUCAUACCCAAUACUUUGUGGCAGCAAGUGGCCCUGGACCGAUAUUUUGCACAGAACUUGACUUCCCGUGUGAACAAAAUGUUUGGCAAGCAGAAAACGCCUGGAAAGAAGACAAAGAAGAUGUUCAUGAUGCAGGAAGCACGAAAGCCGGACAUCAAGCCCCACGAGAUUUUGCGCUUGAUUUGA